AUGUAUCAGCUUGAACGUCGCGCGAUAUUUUCUCAGAAAUGGAUUUUGGUGACACAUGUCCUCCGGCUGAGCGAGUCUGGGAAGUUCGUCUCAUUUACACACGCCAACUACUCCUUUUUCCUGAUCCGUGAUCGAAGCGGCUCUAUCAAUGGCUUCCACAAUAUCUGCCGGCAUCGUGCGUACCCUGUCAUCGAGAAGAAGUGUGGAACGGCCAGCAUUCUCAGCUGCAAAUAUCACGGAUGGUCCUACGGAUUGAAAGGGAACCUUGCCAAAGCUCCCCGGUUUGACACUGUCGAGGGUUUUGACAAGAGUCAACAUGGUCUACUGCCUGUGCACGUCCAUGUCGAUAAGACUGGGUUUGUGUGGGUCAAUUUGGAGGCUACCGGCGAUGAUGGAAAGCCCAGCCUCGCAUGGGAAGACCAACUCAACGGCGUGGAUGAAAGCCAAAGGAUGAAUAAGUUCGACUUUUCCGAAGAAUUCGAUUACGACCACGAGUGGGAUAUGGAUGUCGAUGCAAACUGGAAGGGGCUUAUUGAGAACUAUAAUGAGUGCUAUCACUGUCCAACGUCUCAUCCACUAAUUGCCGGCGUUUCGGACGUGUCAAAAUAUCGCGUUGAGCCGAAUGGAGACGGUAUUCUCGAGCACGAGAUCAUCAACAAGGAUCAAGAGGCCAAGCAGUUUCGAAGGUCUAUCACCUACUUUUAUCCCAGUACCUCUGUCACAAUCACUGAGAAUAUGUUCUACAUUCAGCGCAUGAUACCUGUAACAGCAACAACUAGCAAAGUUGAGAAUGAGGUCUACCGACACAAAAAUGCCACAGAUGAGGAGUUUGAGAAGAUAAAUGCAUUUUAUCAUCAGGUUCUUGCAGAGGACAAAGAUCUCUGCGAUGGUUCACAAAGAAAUAUCAGCGCAGGCGUAUACGUCAACGGAGAGUACCACCCGGAGAAGGAAAAGUUCGUAGGGAUGUGA